CACAGAUUCCUUCUGUAUUGUGAACUGAAAGAAGGAAUUCACUGCCAACCAUAGCGAUGAUAUUACAUUACUUAAUGUAGGCCUAUUUUAAUUCCUAAUUCUAUUCUGCCAACCUUCGGAGCGCCCUGACAACAAGCCUAUUACGUGACAUCAAGUGAACCAAGUGAUAUUCUGACAGCCUACACACCGAUUAGUUUAGCAGACCUUGCAGACGGAUUUUGCUCGGGACAGUCAGUGCGUUCCCAGAGCGCAGCGCGACAUGCCGAGCCGAUACACCAACACACCGGGUUGCUGUUGGGUCCGUGUGCCCGGGAGUAAGAGACAGAAAAAAGCAAACGCGUGAGCACGCACAGGCACUGAGACAGCUGCGAACACAAUCCAGCCCAGUGACCAUAAUUCUCCAGCUCUAGGCUACCGUAGCAUACUCUUGUGGGUCUCCUUAUCGUUUUUUUACGCGCGUCCUGGAGGGGUUGUCGACCGUUGGGUAGAUUACGUCCGACAUGUCAACGGUUACAGCUUCGGUGGUUGAUGUUUCCAGAACUAUUUAUUCAACCAAAAACGGCAACCGUGGCCGUAAUUAUACAGGCCAGUGCACGCCCAUGCCCCAGCCCGCGCUGGGCACCCAGAAGAUCAUUCAGGGGAAUGGCACCAAUGUGGGAACGGUGAUCACCCUGCAGUGCCCAUCCAGACACCGUCUGGUGGGGGGCAAUGAGGUGUCCUGUGUUUGGGGCAGCAACAGCACCCAGUGGUCAGGAGGCUCUCCAUGGUGUAAACCGGUGUCCCCGUCGGAAGACUUUGGGUUCCGUGUGGCAGUGGUGGCAUCCAUCAUCAGCUGUGCCAUCAUCCUCCUCAUGUCCAUUGCCUUCAUCACCUGCUGUCUGCUCGACUGUGUCACGGAGGAGGAGAAGAAGAAGGAGGAGAGGGAGACGCGUCUGUGGCACCAGCUGGAGCAAGUAGAACUGGAAGAGAACAGGGCCUCUCGCUACGGCCACAAUGGCAGGAACAACAAUAACAACACCCAGGAGAAGGCACUUCCACCAUGGGUCAACCAUGACCCUUCAAUGUGUGACAAUAAGAGACCCAGCUGGUAUCAUAAGUACCCCUAUGCUCUGACUGGUCCAGUCCAGGCCUCCACCACUGGCCCAGCCCUCAACUCAGCUCCUCUUCCCUGCAGAGGCUACAACCAUCCCAUCCUCCCACACAACUCAGGCCUUUACCACAACCCAGGUCUGCCACACAAUCCAGGCCUACUUCAAAACCCUAUCUUAACCCAGUAUCCAGGUCCACCUCGGACAACGGGCCUGGUUCAGACCCAAGUGGUACCCCCAGGCUCAGGCCUGGUCAGGCAGUAUGGAGGACAGGAGGGCAGUGUAUCUCCACUUCUGGAGAAGCCCUACAGGAUGUGUCGACACCCCCUCUAUGUCAAGGAGCGCCCCGUACGGGUCAUAUCCGUGUGAGGUCACAACCAGGAAGUGACUGAACAUAGACCACAGGGUCAUGGAUAAACUGAACAUUACAUUUACAUUUAAGUCAUUUAGCAGACGCUCUUAUCCAGAGCGACUUACAAAUCAACCAGCUGGAAACUAUAUCCAAAAGGAAAGAGGACCACCUGAAUUGUUACCAAGCCUAUGCCAUUAUUAACCAGGCACCAAUGAAUAUCGCCAGACUAAAUGACCACAUGACCAUUGAUUAGUCAUUUGACAUUGACCUGCAGUAGACCAUUCAGUGACAAGGCAGCAUUUCUAGGGUGCAUCAGACAUGUGCCUUAAACGCAGACCCUAUCCCUCUGGACACUGCCCGAAGCUGAAAGUUGCGCUUACAGGGGGAGGACAGUCUUUAUUCCAUAGCAAUCACUUAUUAUGUUGCUGCCUGAUUUCACAGUGUUCCUCCUGGAAAUGUACAAUAGUAAUAAACAUGUGCACAGUAAAUAUUUCAGUUCUGAAAUGGAAUGUCCUGUAUCUCUGAGCCAUGAACUCUAGUAAUUAUGAUUCUGGAAAGAAUCAUGUUGUACAGUAUUCAGCAUUUUUAAGUUUGAUGCUUCUGCUUUGGUGGAUCAAGGGAUAGCAUGUGUAGGCCUACAUUUCCCAAUCCUGUUGUGUACAAUAUGGGAUGGUACUUCAUGGUAUAAAUAACUCUUACAUGUUAUUCUGUACUAUUGGAAUGUAAAGGGAAUUUUAUGAUAAUUUUUUAUUUUCCUAUAGCCUACUGACAAUGAUGGUACGUAGUGCAAGUUGAUUAGUCCCACUGCAGAUGGAUUGACGAUUAAUCAUGUAAUAAAUUCUAUGUUCUUAAA